GGUACUAUCAAUUUGGAAUUUGGGAAACUGUCAGGUUUAAAAUUUAGGUUAUGUGUGGAUGAGAUAUGAUUUGAGAUUGUUGAAGUCAUAAAUGGUGCUUGUUAGUAUUAUUGGAUUCAUGUUUUAUAACACUUGAUACUCAAUGGCUUCUAACGUUUCCGAUGAUGGACCAAAUAGUGAAUUAAAUGAGAUAAUAAAAUUAAUGUGGGGAUCCAAUGUGAAGGAAGAUGUUUUCCAAAGAUGGACUCAGGGUUUUCACUUUAGUGCGGAUGAGCCGACAGCUCUGGUGCAGUGGGAAGGAGGACCUUGUGCAGUCUUAGCUCCGGUCCAAGCGUUUAUCCUGAAGUCACUUGUAUCAGAAACUUGGACUAGCAACUGGAGAGAGAUGGAGGUGGAAGGAGUGAAUCGGUUGCUGAUAAGAGCAGCCUGUGAGAUACUCUGUCAGGCGUAUGGAGGACAGAAGUACCAUCUUGUCCACAUGAAUGACCAGGAUCAACUGAGUAACAGCGAGGUGACCGACCAAACCCCAGAGAAUAGCCAAAACACCACGCAAGAGCCUAAACUCAACCACUCUUAUUUUCAUUCACAACUGAGGGUGCAUAGUGUAGACAGUUCUGAUGAAGUUGAGGCAUUUUAUCUGGAAAGGAUACAGAUGCUGAGAGAGACCUUUGGUGUCCUUUUGUUCCUGUAUUCUGUCAUGUAUACAAAGGGGCUUGAGCAGCUGCAUACGGAAGUAACAGAUCCUGGAGAGCCUAUGAUAGAUGGCGAGUAUGGCUAUGGAAGCCAAUGCCUUAUAAAUCUCAUGAUCACAGGCAGAGCUGUUGCACAUGUGUGGAAUCAUGAUCAGGAUGUUGGAGGCCUUAAACUGCUAGGGAUCGACAAGCAAAGUACCGUUGGUUUCCUGGCUCUCCUAGAACAUCUGAGGUACUGUGAGGUAGGAUCCUUCCUGAAGAAUCCCAUGACACCAGUGUGGGUGCUAGGCAGCGAGACACAUCUUACGGUGCUGUUUUCCUUCGAGAAGCAGCUGGUCAGUGCGGAGACACCCACGGAGGUAGCGCGGAGAGUGUUUAAGAGCUUCGACCCAGAGGGCAACAACUUCAUCUCCUCUGACCUUCUACAGGAUGUGCUCAGCAUGUUGAAUCUUGUAUCCGAUCCGGAAUAUGUAGAAAUAAUGAAGAAGAAACUGGAUGCUGAUAGCCUGGGUAUCAUCCUGCUGAGUGCUUUCAUGGAGGAGUUCUUCCCGGAGGAGACGAUCUCUGUGCCUGACACCUUCACUCUCUACCAUUACAAUGGGCUGCCUCGUUCGUGUCCUAACAACAAGGUUGUGUAUCAAGAAGGCAGUGCUGUUCUGCUAGAAUGCAAUAUGAAGUGUGUGUUGGACAGUAACCCCAUGCUAACAUGUCUACAGACCAAAUGGCCAAGUAUCGAAGUUCGAUGGCACUCCACUCUCACACCAUCUCUCAAUUAGUAUUUCGAUACCUGUAUUUAUUGUAGAAUCAGUCUCGUGUUUUGAGGCUGCUUUUGACAGCUAUUUGUAUUAUUUAUUUUCUCUACAGUGAUACUAUUGUGGCAUUAAUUUUCCAUAUAUAUUAUAUAAUUAAUUGUUAUUAUUUGAAUAGUUGUUGAGAAAAUUAUUGUAUAUUUUUGCAGAAACAAUAUUUAUUGUGUACAUUAAAUGUUAUAGAUUAACUAAUGUGUUAAUUAUACCGAGUGGUCGGUUUCAGAUCUAACUAUUGGAAUCUUUGUGCUACUCUCAAAUAUAUUUGUGUGUACUGUACAAAGUCAGUUAAGCUGCAUUAAAUUAAAAAUAAAGAAAUAAUGCCAAAUACGGUUUUUUAUACUAUUAAAACAAAUAAGUAAUUGCCUUCAGGGCAUCAUUGUCAUUUUUAACUGAAAUAGUUUAUCAUAGAAAUGCUCCCACAACUCAAUAAUGAACUUACUAAACUAACAGUAAACUCGCGAUUAUUUACAGAGCCAUUCUAGUUACAGUGUUGGAAAAUUUAUUAUUAUUUUAUUAUUUUCUUGGUAUUUUAUAUAGCAUCUAUUAAUAUGGAUAUCAUGGAUAAUCCAAAUGGUAGGUAUUGAGUUUACUGUACUUAAUAAUUGAAUAUUUAUGUUAAAAGUUGUAUAUGGUAUAGACAGAUCUGAUCUGUCUUUAUGUGUAGUUGAACACACAUUUAUUUAUUAUAAAUGUUAAACUAAACACCUUAUUAUGUUUUAAUUUUCAUUCAUAGUGAAAUAUUUUAGUAAUACUGGUUCAAAAUAUUAAUAAAAACAAUCCAAGAGAUGUCUCAUCUACCUAAUGUUGUAUAUAUUAGAUCAAUAUGAAAAGCAAACCGACCCUCUGUAUUAAAUUCUAAUCAAAACUGCUCAUUGUAAAUUAUACUUAAAAGGUUGACUAAUAUGUAAACUCGUUUGUUUCAAUGUUUAAUGCAUAAUGAAUAUGACAACUACUUGACAAAUUUCAGAAUUUCAUUAAUUCACUUUAUAAUUGAAACUAAUGUGCUACUUAAACAAUUUAAAUUGAAAUAUAAUGCUUCUUGAAUUUAUUUUCUAAGUAAAGUUUGUCCACAAAGUCAUGUUACACUUUUAAAUAAUUGUAUUUACAAAAGUAUAUACAGCAAAAGAAUGAGAUUAACAUAGGAUUAAAGAGUACUUUUAAUAGUUUUAAGUCAGUGUAUCUGAGUUCAACAUGAGCAUCAUGAAUUGCCACACAGAUGUCUGAGCGAACAUAGAUAUCUUCCGAUACUCUGAUUAGGACUUCUGGGUUAACUAAUUCAAUCGCAGCUCUGAUUUGUUGCAUUAAAGUGUUCAAUAUACGAGUUUGUACGAUAUGAUGAUGCAUUUUGUUUUUAGCCUACCUGUUCGCUUAUUGUCUAAUAAGUUGCCUGUUUCCUUAAAUGUCUUAUUCCAACGAUAAAUCCUGCGUAAAUCGGAGGGAUUUUCAUAAAACACAUGACAAUACUCAAGUUGCACUGAAAUCUCAAAAUAAAACUUUGCUAGCUACAAAAUACACUGGUAUUAUUUACAAAGUUACCAUUAUGACUGUUUUUGUUAAAACUUGGGUAAAUGGGUAACUCAACUAAUGAAAAUAAAACUUUAUAAAUAGUUGUUUUAAUUUACUCGUACAUCUGUUUCUUAGACCUGUAAUUAAUAGUAGAGUGGCUAUAAACAAUUGAAAGUGUGAUAUGACUGUGGACGCACUGUAAAUUCUGUAUGAAACAUUUUUUACAUUAAUUGUUUUAAGGAAAAUGUAUUAUUUUUAAUUUUGAUGAAUUUUUUAUUUGAUGAACUCAUUCUAACAGAAAUAAAAAAUGAGAUCGACUGAUUGUAAUUUUCCAUAUUACAUUUUCUUUUUGCUCAUUUUUAAUACUGACAGUACUAAUUUAAAAAUAUGUAUUUAGAAAAAAAUAAUCAGUUUUUUAUUUUUGGUACCAUUAGUUCUCAGUAACAUACAUAGAGGAAUAGAGAUGACAUAACAGAAGUUAGCUCUUAAAUCCAGCCUUUAAAAAACUCGGUACAAUCAGAUAAAGUACCUGCCAGUCAAGGCUGUCUGUAUAUAACCACAUUAACAAUUCUAUGCAAUACUUAUUGCACGUUGUUAACCCUUUAACACAGUGGAGUUUAAAUUUAAUAAGUGUCCAAAAAUGCAUAGUUUUUUUCUAAUUUGGUUUAUAUCUGUCCUAGCUUUUAAGCAAAGUAUACAAUUACCUAGUUUAUCCUUCAUAUUUAUACUUUUUAAAAAAAUAUUUCAAUGGUGUUGUUUUCUUUGGUUUAUAACUACUGAGAAGAAACACAACAAUAUCAUUCAGCAUGAGUAUGAAGGUAUCCUCUAGAAAUUUUGAUUUGGGUGAAACACGUUUGGAAGUGUUCCUAACCAAAUCUGGAAAAUCAAAUUCAAGUAAACAAUAAUAUUUUACAGUUCAGACUAGAGUACUGUUGAGUGCAGGAUUAAUGUCAUAAGGGUUUAAAUGGCCCUUUUCAAGGUAAAAAUUAUCAUGCAGCAUAAUAUUGUUUCAGUUGACUAUUCAAACCUCAAAGACUCGUACAAUGAGAAAUAGUGAUGUCAAUGAAUUCCGAGUAUACUUACUUACAAGUAGUACAAAUUUGUUAGUAAGUAUUCUUAGUAUUAAUUACUACUAAAAAUAUCUGAAUCCAAUUCAAAGUCGGGAAAAAAUUGUUGCAAUGCUGCAGUACAAUUUUGUUGGAAUGAGUCCAUCGAUAUGAAAAUUAUGCAACGGAAAUAUUUAUUUUUACCUGAUCAAGAAUAUACAUCACUGGACAUUAUUCCAUUUCCUAUUAAGUUCAUUCUGCUAGUCAACUAUGUACCAAAAGAGUGAAAAAACCAAAAUUAAACAAAAUGUUGAUCAUGGAAUUAAUUAAAUAGCUAUCAAUUUUAUUUAUCAAUCUGACAAUGAUCUGUAGUUUUUUUAGUUGGAUAAAAAUUGUAUUAUCAGUUUACAGAAAUAAAAAAAAAAUAACUUCCAUACUUAGUUUAUUCUGAGUGAAAAAGCUUAUGUGAGUUUUUGGUUGUCUUUUUAUGACAAAAAUGUUAAAACUGUUUUGAAAGAAAAUUUGAAAUUUUUUACUUUUAAGUACAAUUUUUACGUAUAUUUUAUUGCAUUUCAGAAUUCAUUCAUAUUUUUAUACUAUUUUAUUGCACAUUACGUACAUAAUUAUUAGUUACUCUUACUGCCAUUUUUAUUGUAGUACUAGUAAACUAUCAACUAGUAUUGGCUUCACAUGUUCAAACUGUUAUUUCACAUCUGUUUGGUAGUUUUUAUCUCUUUAGCAUAAUAUUGGCUUGAAACAAUCAUUAUGUCAUUUUGUAAAUUUUUCUUUUCUUUAUAUUUGAAAAAAGGAUUUUUUAUUUAAUUUUUGGAUUAGCUUUUUUUGUGUUUGUUUUGUGUCAUGGAGGUUGUGAUGUAAAAUUAAUCAUUCUAUUGAACUAAGCAAUUUGUACACUAUAACUGAAGUUCAAUAUGAAUUCCAGUAGUAAAUUGGUGCAAUGUUGGGUUCAAAUUAUCAUUUUAAGCAUAGUCAUGAGUAUUAAUUUAUUAUUUAAAAAAUAGUUAAUUGUCAUUGCACUAAAAGAGAGCAUGUCACCUAGGUGUGUGCAUGUCAAACUGAUAUGCAUAACCUCUAUAAUUCUGUAUUGUUGGAUAUAUAUUGAUUCCUGUGGAUCAAUUCAGCUGGCUGUAGCAAUAUCUUAACACGUUCACUGCUAAAAAUCUCUAUAUAGAGUUCCCUAUAUGCUGAAAUUUUUUAAAUAUAUUUUUACUUACUUUUGGAUGAAAUAUAUGAAAAUUACUCAUAAGUCACAAACGUUAUCACUCUUUACCGUUUUGGGAAUGUGGUAACUGUGGUUACUGCUAGCUCCUGAUAACAGUCUUCUUUGCCAGCUGGUAACUCUAGUUACCGCUCGCACUAUGAAACGCCCUUUUAUGGCAGUGGGAAUAUUCCAAAUGAAUACAUUGUAGCUAAGUAAAAUGUGUUUUAUUCGUUUUAGACAAACAUGAACAAUAUUUAUACAUAAAUUAAUGUGAAAACCAAAAUGAAUGUAAAAGUUUAUAAAAAUGUGAAAAAGUUUAUAUAAAUCUCCGCUAACUUACUCAAAUUCAGUUACUAUUUACAAAUAUGUGGUGAGUAAUUAUAACAAAAUAUAUUUAAAUGUUUAAUUGAAGUGAUACAAAAAAUCUUGUAGUACAUAAGUUUAUAAAAAUGUAUUCCAAUCCAGUUGUGAGCGCUCCAUUGGCGUGGGUUGGUCUCGUUAUCAGGAUCCUCAACUUCCGAGUCAGUUUGGUACUCCACAUCGUCCAUGUUUUCAUCCUCGUCGUUUGAACUCAAUAAUGGCUCUGUUGUACGCUUUGAACUUGGUUAUUGUACACCACUUGGCCCCGGGGGAAGAUGCAUUGUGUUGCACAAUCACUUAGUACUAUAAAAACUUUAGACUUUUUCAUUAUUUUUAAUGUGAAAAUUAAAUGCAUAACAAUGCGGGAAAAUUACCUCCCGAGGAGCGAGAAAUACAUCGUUGUGAUAGCUCGAGUGCUGGCCGCACACUGACCUCAUUUCAGAACAAAGGCUCUGUGGUAACCACAGUUACCGCCCGCUCCUAGCGCAGCAUAACAGCGGUAACCAGAGUUACUGCAUGCAGCGAACGUGUUAAAACAGCUAUUUAAGUUAAUAGGUAGAGUUUUCCAGUCAGUGACGUCAUUGGUUAAUUCCAUAUCCUCACCUCGAUAUUUAUUGUUUUUUGCCUGUUGAUAGUGACAAUACUUGUGCGAUACAGCAGUAAAACUACGACUACCAAAAUUAUCUUACUGUCUGCUAAGGAAUAAACGUAACCUAAAUGAUCACUAUUGUCUACAAUAUUGUAGUAAACUCUAAAUAGAACUGGCGGGUCAAGUAAAGCUUGAAAAAAUAUACAAAUGUAAUAUUUUUAAGAUCAAUCAGAUGAAUAAGAAUACGUUUAUUGUCAUAGAGCUUACACAAGCAUUGACUCAAGUCAUGUCUAAAAUAUAAAAACUAGCAGAUUGUUUCAAAACAAAAUUCAAAACUGUUUCAAAUUUCAUCUUGAACUACCAGUUCAACUUUGAGUUUACUAGAGUUAAAAGAACAGUUGAAAGUUUGUAUAGAUAAGUUUCUUAUUUAGAUUAUGAAGUAGGCUGGAAACAUACCUUUAAUAUGUGAGAAUAAAAUUAAUCUUGUGCGCUAGAAAGGACCAGAAUUGGAGCCUUUAGCUUUCUUUUGCUUAGUUCAGAAUUAAUAGCAACCUCACCAUAUCUCCACCUUCAUUGGAGUAUGAAUGAUGAGUGAGUGAGUUCAGCUCCAUUUCACCUAGCUCAUUUGAAAUCUGAUGCUGUCUGUAAGGAAUCUUGAAAUCUGCAGUAAACUGGUGACAAUGAUAUAUUGUAGGACUAGUUUGUAAUGUUCCAACACUAGCAGAAAACAAACUAUGUUUUAAGUUCUAAAAAGCUCUUUUCUUUCUUGAGAUACAUGAUCCAGUGUGUGAACCAUUUAAUUUGUAGAAAAAGUGCUGAUGUUAGCAUUUCUUACCUGGCUCUGUCAGUUUAGGUUUAUUAUCUCUAGGUUGAAGCUGGCUAUCCACACUAUGGUUGAAAUAUCUCAAAACUGUAAUUGAGUUAGUAAUGUAUUGAUUUGUUGUGAAUGAAAAAAACUUUGAUGAUGGAUGACUCUGUAUACUCCGAUUCCUUGUUCUAGUAUACGUUGAGUAGUAUUAAGUUAUUGAUUUGAUUAUGUUCUAACGCGGGAUUUGGGUGGUUUUGAUAUUUUGCAUGAAUUGCUUAGAAAUGUCAUUGUACUGUGUCAAUUAAAGAAAUACAAUAUAGAUGCUGUAAAAGUUGAGCUAAUGGAUUGAAAUGGCAUAGCCAUAGAGUAAAGAUGAAACAACCAUGCAUAAAAUCGCCAAUUGUGAAUUAGUCUAUAAAUAUUUGUUACAAGUAUUAUACAAUACAAAAUUAUAAACAUCAUAAAUAUAUUUUAAAAAUAUGAAGAACAAAAAAAGUCCUCGGCCUCACCAUUAAGCAUUACUGUGUUACAUUUUAGCAGUUAAAUUAUGCAAAUUGAUUAAAAAAAACCAGUACUAUUGGCUGCUUGGUCCAAUUUUCGGCUGACCUUCAAAGGGUUAACAAAAACAUACCUAUAUCACUGUGAAUUCAAAUUGAAAAACUCAGUUAUUGAAUUUUUUAAAGAAGCUAAAUGAUGGUAACUAUAUACAAUGUGAAUAUUGAGCUAAGUACCAUUUCAUCUUCUCUUUAGUGCAGCAUCUGAAAUCUCAGAUUGACUCCUAGAAAGAAGGUGAAAUGGAGCUUAACUAAUAUUUGCAUUGAAUCAACAAUUCCCACCAUAGUUACGUAAUGUGUAUUUACAGUGGUAACUUGUAGAUGACAGUAUUCUUCAGACAAAAUUGCUAAAUUUAAAAAGACAAGAGAAACCUGUGUUCAUAGAUGAUUCUCACUGCCAUAUUUUCAAUAUUUUGAGAAAUUGUACAUUUAUGGGCACUAUAUUUGAUGUCUAUUUUUUCAUAUUAGGUGACAGCAUUGAAAACAAUUUUUACCAGUAUUGUCUGCUCUGUGAGCGCAAAGGGUUUAAAGUACUGUUUUUAUUUAGUGUUUUUGCUUGCAUAAUGCAGGAAUAGAAUGUUGUACUAUGUUAAGAAAAGAAUUAUUUAUUUAUCUUGGAAACAGAUUUCAGUUCUUAUGAUUAAAAAAAUAUGAAAAUUAGCUGUGGCAGAAAAGUUCUUUAUUAUGUUCUUAUUACUACAGUUCUUACAGCAUACUAACCACUAACAGUUUAUUUCAUAUGUGUAAGAUUUUCACCAGUAUACAGGGUGUCAAGCCAGUCCAUAAUAACAUCAUUGAUAUUGUUGUAUGGUAAGUCGCUGACUGUAAAAUAGGGCUAACAUAGAUUUUUACUCUUUGUUAAAAUAAAAAGUUUAUUGACUUUCUUUUACAGUGUUAAUUGAAAUAAAAUAAAGCAUACAUUAAUACUGUAAAUACGUUCAAAGUGUUAAAAUACGGUAGAUAUUUCUAGAAAGUGUUCAUUAAACAGUUUCAUAGUAUAAUCCUCUGAAAUCUCAAAAAAUAGUUUGUAAUCAUUCGUAGUUUACUAAACCGGUGAUGUAAAUAAAGAAUCUGUGUAAUUUUCUCAUUGAAUAAACAAUGAUUUUGAAACAUUGAA